UCUAUUAGCGACAGGGAACUUCAUUUUCUGAAGGAAUAUUGUGCCAUAAUGAAGCCACUCACAGUUGCUCUGGACAUCCUGCAAGGAGAGGACAACUGUUACUUUGGCACCCUCCUGCCCACUCUAGAAACAUUAAUGUCAAAGACCCUGGAGAUGAAAGACAGUCUGACUGUAGCAACUGGCCUACCUGAAGCCAUAGUUCAGGCUAUCAAAAAACGAUUUGCAUCCGUCUUGGAAAGCAACAAUGCAAUGCUGGCAGCCGUCACACUUCCCAAGUUUAAGUUACGGUGGGUGAGAGACCAGAGGAAGAAAGAGAUGGUCAAGGGAAUCCUGGCAGCAGAGUGUCACAAGUUUCUCCCUGGCCCUGAGCAGCAACCAGCCAGGAAUCCUGUGUCUCCGACAACACCACCAGACUCAGGCUCCUCCAAAGACAAAGAGCAGGACUUUUUUUGCUUUGAGGAUGACGAUGAAACCUUCAGCACUGUGGAAACUGAGGUAAUGGCCUACUUGAAAACAGCCGAAACAGGCAUGGAGAUUCUCAAAACAUUUCCCACAAUAAAGGCAAUUUGUCUGAAGCUAAAUGCAGCUACCCCAUCCAGUGCACCAGUUGAGAGACUCUUCAGUCUGGGAAGUCUGGUACUGUCUCCAAAGAGGAACAGGCUGUCUGACCAAAGGUUUGAGAAGCUGCUUCUCAUGAGGUACAACCACUGGUUCGAAAGCUAAACCUCCACUCAAACAUUAAUUCAGGUCUUUGCCAAUAAGCACUUUUUGUUGUUUUGAUUAACUAGGCCCACAUUUGUUAUCUGUGUGUGUGCCACAGCGACACAACAGCACUUUAAUUUCUGUUAUAUAUAUUACAAAACACUUAUUGUAUGCUUGCUGGAUUUCAUACUUGAACUAAAGGAAAAACACUGACUUUUGUUAUACUUAUUUUGUUGGACUACAACAGCAGUUGCCUCUAUAUGGUGCUGAAAGCACUUUAAUUUUUGCACUUUGAUUCUGAACAAUAUAUUCAGCUUACUUUCCAUUAGUUUCAGAAAA